AUGUCCUCAUCAAACUUCCACAAGCAGGAUGCUCCUAGAACCCCCGAGCCUUGGAAAUCUGACCUCCUUGACUGCUUCUCCGAUCCCAAAAGCUGUUGCUUAACAUUUUGGUGUCCAUGCAUCACUUUUGGCCGGAUUGCUGAGAUUGUGGAUAAAGGCUCUCCAUCUUGUGCUGUAAGUGGAGCACUGUACGCGUUCAUAGCUAUCGUGAUUGGUUUUCCUUACUGCUAUUCAUGCUCCUACCGCUUGAAGAUGAGGGAGCAGUACGCUUUGGACGGGAACCAUUGUAGUGAUUUUUUGAUUCACUGCUUCUGUGAGACCUGUGCCUUGUGCCAGGAGUAUCGUGAGCUCCAAAGUCGCGGUUUUAACAUGGCCAUCGGAUGGGAUGGAAAUAUGGAUGCAAGGAACCGCAAAGUGGCAAUGGCCCCGGUGCCUCCGAUGGUGGAGGAAGGCAUGAAACGAUAA